GACACAUGGCGCAGAAAAAGAAAGCGGCACGGCCUAGUCUUAUGAUAAAUAAAAGGUCAUUUCAGUAUCUACAAGGAUCUCAGCACAUUCUCUGCCACUUUAAUUUCCAAUUGCUCUAUUAUUUCCAGAAUGGAGUCUGGAUUGGCAAAGAUUCUCAUCGUUUUCUUCUUAGCGUCCUUUGCUGCUGCAACCAAAGUCACCGAAACCUUGCGGUUGACUUGGGAAAAUGGGGCGCCAAAUGGUCAAUCACGAAAUAUGAUAUUCACCAAUGGAGGUUUCCCAGGACCGAACUUGAUCUUCGAUGAAGGAGAUGAGGUAGAGAUCACUGUGCACAAUGACAUGCCAAGAAAUGCGAGUGUUCACUGGCACGGUUUAGAGCAAACAAGAAGUCCAUGGUCCGACGGUGUAUCCGGAUUAAGUCAAACUCCCAUCCUUCCCGGGAAAUCGUUUGUCUAUCGGUUUACAGCGUCUCCAACUGGAACUCAUUGGUAUCACUCUCAUGAACAGAUGUCGAUGUUCGAUGGCCUCUAUGGCGGGAUAUUUAUUCGUCCUAAGAAAGACUGCGAAGCGCCCUGGCCAUUUAUCAGUGAUGACACCAGGGAUACUGAUGCCAUGGCUAGAGCGGCUCUCAAUCCAGAGCUUGUGAUGUUAUCAGAUUGGUCCCAAUACACUUCUGAUGAGUAUUGGAAAGCAAAUGUAGAUUCUGGAUUAUUAGUCUUUUGUGUAGACAGCAUCUUGGCAAAUGGCCAAGGUGCUGUGUAUUGCCCAUCUCAGGAGUUUCUGAUCGAUCAAACGGCCCCCGGUAUCAAAGACUCAGCCUUCAAAAAUGGCGAACAUGUCACCGAUAAAGGAUGUUUCCCUUUUACAGAUGCAAUUGAGGGUGGUACAGUCAACACGAGCCAUCCCGAAACUAUCCCUGCAAGCUUGCAAGAGGGCUGUAUCCCCUCGACAGGUAGCAACGCAACCAUUGAAGUAGACCCGGCAGCCGGUUGGGUCAGCUUUAAUUUCAUUGCCGCAUCAACACAAAAACAGGUUCUUAUCUCCAUUGACGAGCAUCCUAUGUGGAUCUACGAAGUUGACGGACACUGGGUCAAACCGAAGGAGUACCUCUCCGCGGCCAUAUCAGCUGGCGAACGAUUUUCGGCGAUGGUAAAGCUCGAUAAGCCCCCCGGGACAUAUACAAUACGGCUCCCGGAUUCCGGCUCUACUCAGGUUAUUUCAGGAUUCGCGAACUUGGUGUAUAAAGGCUCAAAUUCGACCAUUGUACCGAAACCGUAUGUUACAUAUGGAGGUUUUAACGCAACAAUCCCUGCUGGUAUACAGACAUAUACGCCCUGGGACCUACCGACAGACAUCAUGCCCCCCUUUCCUCCCAUUGCACCUCGCCCAGGCGCGGCGGAUGAGGAAUACCUCCUCGUCAUGGGGCGUCUAAAUUCCUCUAUCGGCUACACUGUGAAUACAAAAUACCUGUACCCAAUGACGUGGAACGCUGAUACCCCUCUCCUCUUCUAUCCCGACCGGAUCCUCCCCGAAGAAGACGGUUAUGUAAUCCGCACACAAAACGGGUCUUGGGUGGACCUCAUCCUGCAAGUCUCCACGCUCUCUAACGACCUCGCAGCAUUUACGCACGUGAUGCACAAACACGGUUCCAAAACCUGGCGCGUGGGCAUGGGCCCGGGCAUUUGGAACUACUCAUCCGUCACCAACGCCAUGGCUGAACAUCCUGAAUUCUUCAAUAUGGAGGAUCCGGGGUAUAGGGAUACGUGGUUGACGACGUUUAGUCCAGUCCCUGAGGGUGGGUGGUGGAUUGUGUUGAGAUACCAGGCUACGAAUCCGGGGCCGUGGCUGUUUCACUGCCAUAUUGAGUUGCACGCGAUGGGAGGUAUGGCGAUGGCGAUUUUGGAUGGGGUGGAUGAGUGGCCGGAGGUCCCUGACGAGUAUCAGUUGUAGAGUACUGUGUAGGGGGUUUCACGGGCUGUUGUUUGCGUAUGUAUUCCACUUUAAAGUACUAUACACUGUGAUAGAAAGGAGACUACAGCGUUCAUGCACCAAUGAGUGAAAUUAGCUGCUCCUUGGCCUCGCUUAGCCACGCACAGGCCUAAGUAAAAUUUCUUGUAAGUUAGUGUUUUAAUAGUGUUGUAUUCGUGUUUAGUAGAAGUAAGACAGGUGUAGGAGU